UAGGAACGAACUAUGAUGAAACACUGGGCAAGUUUUGAAAGUAUUGGAAUUUUGCUGUCCGGAGGAGCAACUUUCUUUUUUAAAUCCUCAACAUGGCAUUUCCAGGUCCAAAUAAGGAUAUCAGGGCAGGAUGCAAGAAAUGUGGAUACCCGGGUCACUUGACAUUUGAGUGUCGUAAUUUUGUACGAGUGGAUCCCAAAAAGGACAUUGUUCUGGAUGUGAGCAGUACCAGCAGUGAAGACAGUGAUGAAGAAGAAGAGCAGGAGGGACUGGAAACUAAAAAGAUGCCGACGGGCACCAACAACAAGAAUUCAAAUGAAGAACCCAAGAAAGGACUGCAUAAAAAGAAAAGCAAGGACAAAUCUUCCCAUAAAAAGUUAAGAAAGAGGUCGUGCUCAUCAAGUGACGAUGAAGAGGACCGUCAUAAGAAAAAGAAACAGAAAACCCACAAGAAGAAAAAGAAACAAGAAAAGAAACACAAGAAGGAAAAACGGUCCAAGAAGGAGGGAAAGAAAAGCAAACAGAAAAGACAUUCAUCUUCAUCUUCUGACAGUUCCAGUGCCGCUUCUGACACCGAUUGAAAGUCCCUAGCUGCAGAAUAGACACUGCCUUAGACAAACAAAAAUAAUCACACAGACAUGAUUUCUCUUACAUUUCAGGCAGCGUUCUGUAAUGCUUAAAAAAAGAAAGAAAAGAUCUUGCUUACUGUUGUGUAUUAUAUUAUGCUCCAAUAACAAUUAUUUUUUAAUACAAUCACAAUUUAUGCUCAUGGCCUUGGUCACUAACCAGCUGUUCCUGAAGCAAUUCUACUGUGCACACCAAUCUCCAGUUAUAGUGUUGCGUUGUUUUCUCUGUUUCAAUAAUAUCAGAAAUUUAAAAUGACUGACAUCAGACACAUGGUGGAGGGUAGUGAAGGGGACAGCAAGUAGUGAAAUAUGUAAAUCUGCUACUGUUUAGUAAAAAAUGAAAGCUUCAGUACAGGUACAUAUAAUCUGAAAUGUCUUUCAUAUGCUAAAUAUCUUCUGGCAGUAUUUAAGUUUCCUAGUUCCUAUGCAAGUCCAUUCAAGUGAAAAGGCCAGUAAAACUGGUAUAUACAAUCAAGUCUUUACUAAGUCUUGCUCUAGCCUGAAAUUGAAUUCUACUGUAUUUCUUCAAUCUUAUACUGUAGGAUGUUUUUUAGUUAACGUGUUGCCGUUCUACCACAUUCAAAACGCUUGCUUAUUACAGAAUCUUGGUAUCUCUGAAUAAUCACCUGCAAGACAUCACACAGGUGCAGUUGUACCAAAAUGUCGUCAGUUUACUAUCAAUGUAGAACAAGUGGGUUGGAUAUUCUUUUGUUUUGCCCCUCUAAAAUGUGUUUCUGCAAUGGAAUCUCCAAGACUGCUUCUUCAUUCAAUGUAAACGCCUAUUGUUUUUGUUCUUUUAAGAAAUAUUAUUGUGUUUAAUGUUAAUUCAUAUGUAAUACAAGUAUGUCAUAAAUGAAGAGGUAAUGACUAUUUUAACGACUUCAAGAGCAUUCCUAGAAUUUUGAAUGGCCUAUAGUGUAACCUGAGUUUUUUAUGUAGUGCUAUAAAAUCUCAACAAUCUUGUAUUACACUUACACUGUUAGAUAUAAACAAUCCAAGUAACUUUUGGAGCAAUUGCUGAACAUUAUGAUUUUUAAUGGGAUAUCUGUAAUUCCAAAGCAUAUUUAAUUGGAAUCAGUUAUAAUUUUGAAUCCAUUAUUUUAAACUUACUAGUAUAAUUUGUGAUACAGUAAGUCUAAUAAAAAAUGUGUAGCAGUAUAGUAUAAUCAGAAAAGUAAAAUACUCUUUGAAAGAUAUUUAGAUGUGCCUGUAAUUUUCACUUUGGCAUUAUGUGCAUUUGAAACCAUUGUUCUUUUUAAUUGCACAAAUAUUGAUAUUCUGAAAUCUAAUACAAUGGUGCAGGUAUGUAGAUCAUUUCUUUAUGUGGAUUGUCGUUAAUGGAAUCUCUGAAAGCAGCUUUUAUAGGAAAACAUCUGUAAGAUAAUAAAGCUGGAGGCUUGAA